AUGUGGCAAGAAGCAAUGAGGAGGCGCCGCUAUCUGCUGGACAGGGCAGAGGCUGCCACGGGUGGCGGCGGCAGCGGCUCCGGGUCCGGGGCUGGUGGCUGCGGUGGCCGGCUGCACAAGUCCCGGGACUGGCUCUACGAGUCCUACUACUGUAUGAGCCAACAGCACCCACUCAUCGUCUUCCUGUUGCUAAUUAUCAUGGGCGCCUGCCUAGCCCUCCUCUCCGUCUUCUUUGCUUUGGGGCUGGAAGUUAAAGAACAUGUGGCAUUUUUAAUAACAGUUCCAACAGCCCUUGCUAUUUUCUUCGCAAUAUUUAUUCUCGUCUGCAUUGAAUCCGUUUUUAAGAAGCUGCUUCGUGUUUUCUCUUUGGUAAUAUGGGUUUGCCUUGUUGCCAUGGGAUAUUUAUUCAUGUGUUUUGGGGGCUCCAUUUUUCCUUGGGACCAGGUAUCAUUUUUUUUAUUCAUCAUCUUUGUGGUAUACACUAUGCUUCCCUUCAACAUGAGAGAUGCCAUAAUUGCCAGUGUGCUGACCUCUUCAUCUCACACCAUUGUACUGAGUGUCUGUCUGUCCACUACAGUAGGGGUAAAGGAGCACUUGGUAUGGCAGAUACUAGCAAAUGUUAUCAUUUUCAUCUGUGGAAACCUGGUUGGAGCCUACCACAAGCAUCUCAUGGAAUUGGCUCUACAGCAGACAUAUCAGGACACUUGUAAUUGCAUCAAGUCCCGAAUCAAGUUGGAAUUUGAAAAGCGUCAACAGGAGCGUCUUCUGCUCUCUUUACUGCCUGCUCACAUCGCCAUGGAAAUGAAAGCAGAGAUCAUUCAGAGGUUGCAGGGACCCAAAGCAGGCCAGCUGGAAAACACAAACAACUUUCACAAUCUCUACGUCAAGCGGCACACUAAUGUGAGCAUAUUAUAUGCUGACAUUGUUGGAUUCACCCGCCUCGCUAGUGACUGCUCUCCAGGAGAACUGGUGCACAUGCUGAAUGAACUCUUUGGAAAGUUUGAUCAAAUUGCCAAGGAAAAUGAAUGCAUGAGAAUCAAAAUUUUAGGAGACUGCUACUACUGUGUGUCUGGCCUCCCUAUAUCUCUUCCAAACCAUGCCAAGAAUUGUGUGAAAAUGGGACUAGACAUGUGUGAAGCUAUAAAGAAAGUGAGAGAUGCAACGGGAGUUGAUAUCAACAUGCGUGUGGGAGUACACUCUGGGAAUGUCCUCUGUGGUGUAAUUGGUUUGCAGAAGUGGCAAUAUGAUGUCUGGUCUCAUGAUGUUACCCUGGCCAACCACAUGGAAGCCGGAGGUGUUCCAGGGCGUGUUCACAUUACUUCAGUUACCUUAGAGCACUUGAAUGGAGCUUACAAGGUAGAAGAAGGAGAUGGAGACAUCAGGGACCCAUAUCUGAAAGAACAUUAUGUCAAAACCUAUUUUGUGAUCAAUCCCAAGGGAGAAAGACGAAGUCCUCAGCACCUCUUUAGACCCAGGCAUACAUUAGAUGGAGCCAAGAUGAGGGCAUCUGUCCGCAUGACCCGGUAUCUGGAGUCCUGGGGAGCAGCCAAGCCAUUUGCCCACUUACAUCACAGGGACAGCAUGACAACAGAAAAUGGCAAGAUCAGUACCACAGAUGUGCCAAUGGGUCAACAUCACUUUCAGCACCGCAUAAGAACCAAAUCACAGAAGAAAAGAUUUGAAGAAGAAUUGAAUGAAAGGAUGAUUCAAGCAAUUGAUGGAAUCAAUGCUCAAAAGCAGUGGCUCAAAUCCGAAGAUAUUCAAAGAAUUUCUCUGCUUUUCUAUAACAAAACACUAGAGAAAGAAUACAGAGCAACCACAUUACCUGCAUUCAAGUAUUAUGUGACUUGUGCCUAUCUUAUCUUCUUUGGCAUCUUCAUUGUACAGAUACUAGUAUUACCAAACUGGAGCUAUAGCGAGGGAUUGGAAAAUGAUUUGCCAAAGGUCACACAGCUACAAUGCAGCAAAAAAGCCUCAGCCUCAUUAUUGUGGAUUUUGAAGUCAUCUGGAAUAAUUGCAAACCGUCCUUGGCCACGGAUAACUCUCACAGUUACCACUACUACCAUUAUAUUAACCAUGGCCAUCUUCAACAUGUUUUUCCUGAAUGAGGCAGAGUUAGUCUUCUCAUCAGAUUUCAACAGGUCAAAUGUAAGUGUCCCUGAACCAGUUGAUCCAGCUGACCAGAAGUCUCAGAAUGCACAAAAGUAUUUUUUUCUACCAUACUUCAUAUACAGCUGUAUUCUGGGCUUGAUAUCCUGUUCUGUUUUCCUACGGAUAAACUAUGAAUUGAAAAUGAUGAUCAUGCUGAUUGCCCUUGUGGGUUACAAUAUCAUCCUUUUACAUACUCAUGCCCCUAUACUUGAUGAAUACAGCAACUUUUUUAUUAAAAGACCAGGCAUAUGGAAAGACCUAAAGACCAUGGGUUCUGUGUCUCUCUUUAUAUUCUUCGUCACAUUACUGGUUCUGGGAAGACAGAAUGAAUAUUACUGUAGGUUAGACUUCCUAUGGAAGAACAAGUUCAAUAAAGAACGUGAGGAAAUUGAAACCAUGGAGAACCUGAAUCGUGUCCUGCUGGAAAAUGUGCUCCCCGCCCAUGUGGCUGAACAUUUCUUGGCCAGGAACUUGAAGAAUGAGGACUUGUAUCAUCAGUCCUAUGACUGUGUCUGUGUCAUGUUUGCUUCUAUUCCGGAUUUCAAAGAAUUUUAUACAGAAUCAGAUGUCAACAAAGAAGGCUUGGAGUGUCUUAGACUCCUGAACGAGAUCAUUGCUGACUUUGAUGAUCUGCUGUCCAAACCAAAAUUUAGUGGAGUUGAAAAGAUCAAGACCAUUGGAAGCACUUACAUGGCAGCCACAGGACUGAGUGCCACCCCCAACCAAGAACACACACAGGAGCCUGAGCGCCAAUACAUGCACAUUGGCACCAUGGUGGAGUUUGCUUUUGCCCUGGCAGCUAAAUUGGAUGUAAUCAACAAACACUCCUUCAAUGACUUCAAGUUGAGAGUGGGUAUUAACCAUGGCCCUGUAAUAGCUGGAGUAAUUGGCGCUCAGAAACCUCAGUAUGACAUCUGGGGCAACACAGUAAAUGUGGCCAGCAGAAUGGACAGCACUGGAGUCUUAGAUAAAAUACAGGUCACAGAGGAGACAAACAUUGUCUUACAGACACUAGGAUACAUGUGCACUUGCCGAGGAAUAAUCAAUGUGAAAGGGAAAGGUGAACUGAAGACCUAUUUUGUACAUACAGAAAUGGCAAGGUCCCUUUCCCAGGCCAAUGUGACAUCCUGAAGAAUGUGCCUGGAUUUGGCAGAAAAUAUCCUGUUUUCAGGAAAGUGCCCCACACUUUCUGAAGGCAUUUCUGAUCCCCUGAUUUGAAUGCGUGUGCUAUUUUCUGCUAUAUGGAACUUGUGCAGAAGAAUCUGCAUGUCCCAGUGACUCACGCAUCUCUUUUUUGACAUGCUGGGACACUUGCAGUGAACACCAAGAGAUUAGAUGACUGUACUGCCAUUUGCACUGUGUUUACUCCCAAGUGGAGAAAAGACUGAAACAAAAUAAAAAGAAACAAGUGAAGAAGAAUGAAAGGACUUAAAAUAUUAGAAGGAAAACAAAACAAUUCUUAAGGCAAUAAAACUAGGGGGUGUAUAAUAUUUUCUGGUGCAUGUUAUUUUCUGGAAAAUACAGUAGCUCCCCAACCGCAUCCACUAGUCUGAUGUUAAAAUACACAGUAUUUGUAAAUAGAUUGAUUCUGUCCCUCCAUAUUAGUUUAAAUGUCUUCACCUGUGUGUCUCAUAACCAGUGGCAGCCUGCAGGCACUCUGUGACGUUGUGUUGCCAGCGAUGGCUUUCUAGCACCCUCUUGGAUUCCAUAGCCAGUGAUCCAUUGCCAUCCUUUGCAGAGAGAAUAGUCACCACA